AUGGAGGAAGUGGAGCUUGCCUCCAAAUCCAGUGAGUUUUCGGACAACCCACAUCCGAAAAUGGACCAACCAGUGCAUUCAAACAAGCAGAAGCCGCGCAGUGUUUCAUUUCUUGGCCUCUUUGCUGCUGCUGAUAAAAUGGACUAUGUCUUGAUGCUUUUCGGAAGUUUCGGAGCGUGUAUCCAUCGUGCUGCACUUCCUGUAUUCUUUGUCUUGUAUGGCAGGAUGAUAGAUUCUUUGGGGCAUAUGGCUAAGCAUCCUAACAAAAUGUCUUCCCGGAUUUCUGAGUAUGCUUUGUACUUGAUCUAUCUUGGAAUUGUUCUCUUUAUAUCAGCAUGGAUAGGUGUAGCAUCUUGGACGCGAACUGGUGAGAGGCAGACAGCUCGUUUGCGAUUGAAGUAUCUUCAAUCAGUUCUAAGGAAGGAUAUUGAUUUUUUCGACACUGAAGCCAGAGACACUAACAUCAUUUUCCACAUUUCAAGUGAUGCUAUACUAGUCCAAGAUGCAAUAAGUGACAAGGUAACAAAUAUACAGAAACUUAUUCUGUGCUUGAUCUAGAACCAUAAUGGGAUGC